AUGAACAUUGUGUAUGAUAUGCAAUUUGAGGUCAAUGAAAUAGAAGCAAGGAGAGAGCAAUAUCCUUCAACAAUAUCCUUCCUUAACCUGUUAAAUGCUCUUAUAUCUGAAGAAAGAGACUUAAGUGAUAGAGGGCGCAGAUUCAUUGGAAUUUUUAGGUUCAUUUAUGAUCAUGGUUUUAGGCCAUUCCCUCAAAGAGCCUAUGCCGAUCCUUGUGAGAAAUGGCAAUUAGUUGUUGCAUGUCUUCAGCACUUUCAUAUGAUGUUGAGUCUGUAUGACAUCAGUGAAGAGGAUAUUGAUGGUGUCAUUGAUCAAUCUCAGCUUUCAACAGUAACACAAUCUUCACUCCAGAUGCAGCUACCAAUUCUAGCAUUUCUAAAAGUAUGUGUUCAUCAUGUGCAUCUGUUCAUAUGUGCUGCUCAUUGA